AUGAGAUACUAUACGAUAGGCGACAGUCUAGCUAAUGAGUUUCCUCAUUCUGAUAUAGACCUUAUCUCUUACCUCAAUCCUGUCAAUAGCUCAUUGUCCUUCGCUCAAAUAAAUGUGGAGACGGUAAUCGAAACUAUUACAGCAGUGGCGUAGAUAAGGAGGGCAAGAAGACUGCCCUUGUGAAAAGCUGAAAUCCGGUUAGAAAUGGGGGGACGAUGUGUCAAUAAUGAUUCCCAUCUCUUCUGUUUACCAAUAAAAGUUGUAGUGUUCCCUAUCUUGAAUCCUAACUCCAGUAAAAAAUGCCUAUGGUGGUUGAAAGCACAUUUGAACUUGAAUCUACGCACAUAACAGCUGUCAAAGUUCAAAGUUCAUUCUUUUUAUUACAAUAUAAUUUCCACUUCAAAAACCGUAGGACAUCGUGCUACUUUGCUGUAGCCUGUUGUAUUUGUGUGUACAGUACAAUGUUUGACAAAUUUUUUUUUUGAUCUAACAAAAUGGCUUUUUGUGGUUGUAACUUUUCUUCACACCUCGUCCUAAAAUACGUGAAAUAGCAUGUAAAAAUUCAAAAUUUUCCCGGAUCCCCCUAGAUUAUUCGCGCAUUUGGCGCUCGCACCUCAAAUGCCAUAAACAUUUAGGCAACCCCCCCCCUCCCCAAAGUUUAGACCCUGGCUACGCCACUGUCUUAAAGCUGUAAAUUCCAAUAAAGCAACUGGCCCUGAUAACAUUCGAUCCUGUCCAGGUUUUGAAAAUUGCUGCUGAGAUCCUGUUCCCAUCGCUGACGGCCAUUUAUAAUCAUUCUCUUUCUAUGGAAUUUACCCAGACGAUUGCAAGAUGGCUAGAGUGUUCCCCAUCUUCAAAAGUGGAGAAAAGGGUGGUCUUAGCAACGUACUAUCGACCGAUUUCAAUUAUCUCCGCGAUUGCUCAGGUGUUUGGUAGACUUGUUUAUGAUCAAUUCUACACUUUUUAACAUCCAAUCAGUUAAUUAAUAAUAUUCUUACCAAUCUGGUUUUAGACACACAUAUAGCACUCUUACCUCUUUGCUGGAAACAACCAAUAAUUGGUGUGUCAUUGUCGACAGGGAUCUUUUAAACAGUGUAGUUUUCAUCGAUAAGUUAAAGAAGGCCUUCGACACCAUUGACCAUGAAAUUCUACUUUCCAAGCUUUGGGCUCGCGAUGUUGACAGGGACGUCGCUAUAGGGAUGGUGUGGGGGGUGUAACACCCCGCCCCCCAAUAAUUCAAACGUUGGUCAAAGUUGGUCAAAAUGGAACUAAUAUUUGCCCAAAGUUGGUCAAAAUGGAAUUGAUAUUUGCUUAAAAUUGAAGAUAAAACUCGGAAAAAUUUGGUAAAAGUUUGGGAUAUAAGAUGGUCGAAGAUGUUCAAAUUAAUGAAAUGGUUCGCACUUUUAACAAUUUUAAAACUUCAGUUACAUUUGCGGUGAAAAAAUCGGAAGCAUUGCUUAUAUUGGUCGAAAAAUUUUGAAUAUGCUUAUAUUAGUCCGGAAAUUUUUUUUUGACUCUAUUAAUCCGGAAAAUUUUUUUGACCUCCCCCCCCGUCGAAAAAAAUUCCGGGAAAAAUUUUUUACGACUUUUACGAAAUUUUCUUUUGUCUUACAAGCACUCAGAUGGAACUAAUCAGAAAUCUUUUGAAUUUGAACAAUAGAAAUUUCGGUUCGAUCGAAAAAUUUCGCCUUGUGGAAAACCGCCUUUAAACGUUGCUAAAACAGAGUUCAUGACGUCAUCGGUUUGCGACAACGGUGACUAAACGAUCUAUCUCUAUCUAUCUCUAUCCCAAUCAUCUGACAUUAUUAAAGCAUAUGAAGAAAUUAUCUUAUGGAGAAAGAACGUCUUUCUUGUACCAUAUGGAAAGAUAGAGAAAGAAAUUAUUGAUCAAUUAACAACGCAUGUCAAUCAGUGGAACAGUAAAUCUGAACAACAACAUAUUGCUCUGAAAGCUGUCUUUGUACUCCUUGCUGUUGGGCUGCAAAAACCAGGGCCAAAAUCUAAAGCGAAAGAUCAUAAAGAAUGUCUGACGAAGCAUUUGGCCUUGUGGAAAGAUGGUCAAAUUGAUAAGCUGCUAAGAGAAGGGCGAAUGAUUCAAGCUCGCAUUGGAAAGAGUAAGAAAUCAGAACCUCCAGACAGAGCAAAAAUCUUUGCCAAGCUCGUUAUGGAAGGUCAAAUAAAUUCAGCAAUGCGUUUCUUGAGCGAGGAGGGUAAUGGUGGCGUGUUACCCCUAUCUAAUGACGUCAUGCUUCAAUUACGACAAAAGCACCCAGAAGCAGAAGAAGCGAAAAUUGGCAUUCUUCUUCGUGGGCCAGUGCAAGAAGUAAUAGAAAGUUUAUUUAUUACAAUCAAUGGUCAGAUGGUAAGAGAGGCUGCCUUGAGGACGAAAGGUUCUGGAGGGCCUUCCGGGGUUGAUGCUAAUGGAUUCAAGAGGAUACUUGCUUGUAAAUCCUUCAAAAAUCCUCCACCGCCCUUUGUGAAGCCUUAG